CGACUGAAGCAAAGAUUGCAUCAGGAAUGCUGGCAGGCGAUCGUUUUCUUCCACUCCGCGCAGACAGGGGGUGGGGUGCCCGGCUGAAACUGGGAGGAGAAAAGGAGGGGGGGAUUUGGGAAUAUUCUUUGUCCUCACCCAGCAGUGCAACACACAACUGUAGAAGGACGCAGGCUCCUCGCAAGGAAAGAACAAAACCUGGAUGACUUGAUAAUACCGCGGGAGUUCUUUCUACCAAGACAGAAGACGAAGGAACAGCUCUCGAUUUAGACAACUUUGAUGAGACGGAGGAGCUGAAAUCUGAAGGAGUCACUCCUCAGCUUGACUCAUCCUCCGCUUAUUUUCCGGGGCUUCUCCCUGCUCGGGCCCGGCGCCUGCGGGGCUUUCGGGAUACAGGAGGGUCAAAUGGAUGUGGCCUCCCAGAUGUUGGAGCCACAAAAGCCUCUCUGUUCUGUCAGCAAUCGGCCUGUGUGCAAGUUCUGCUGCUUGGAAACAGACUGUUUGGUGUCAAGUGCCGCAGAUGGAGGACUGAUACUCACAUGUGGUGUUAGGAAAGGAGAAAUACACGUGUUUAUUGCAGGAUUGAUUAAAGAAUCUCUGAUAAAUUGUUUAAAAUGCUUUGUUGGCUGUGACAGAGUCAGAAAGUGAGAUCAAGCAGUGUCUUUUUGAUUUAUUUUUUUGGCAAAUCACUGCAGAAGCACAUUUUCGGUCUUAUUUCCUUAGGCAAGAUUGUCAUGAGGUGCCACAUGCAGUAUAAUCAACUUUUAAAAAAAUGAAACUGUCUAUGGAUUAAAAAUUGCUAAAUGUAUCUAACUGUUGCUGAAGCUCAUAAGAUAAUCACAGCUAAGAUGCCAACCCAGUUGAGACAUCACAUUAUGUCCAUCCAGCCUUUUGUUUGUUGGCUGAAGGUUCUGGCUCCAUCCUACAUUGUUCAACAGCUUGCACAACUUGUUUCCCAAAAAAGAGACUUUAUCCCUGCAUUCCUUAAGAGUCUGUACAAGAGCUUCAACCUAAUCCUCAGUUAAACCUAAGUCAAACGUACUUUGAUGAAAAAAAAAGUUAUUUACAUAUUUAAAAAAAACAGAUGCCAAUAAUACGAAAUCUAUGAGUUGCUGCAAAAUCAGUGUAAAUGUUUUCUAGUUGUUCAGAAAUAGUUGCUUUUAUGUGGUUGAACUGAGAGUUUUUGCCCAGUUAAGAUACCUGUAUGGAAAAAACUACUCAAAGGAAAUAGUUCUGCAAGAAGAAAAAUACUAGAUACUGAAUUGAACUCCCGUUUUUGGUGCACACGUGUCGUAUUGUAUCACCAUUCACUGUGGGUUCAUUGUUAGGUAAAUUAGAAGCAAAAUUUUGGAAUACUGGGCUCAUCAGAAGGUGGCAGCAAAGGCUACGUCUGGCAUGGCUGUUAUUGAACAGAAGAAGCUAGAAGCAAAACCAGUUGUUUGCCAACUGCUAAGAAAAUUUGGGAAAGUGGUAAUUAUCAUUUCAUGUCAGCUGGUAUUUGCCAUGUUUCCUGCUGGCAAAGACAGCGAAUAUGCAGAAAUAGUUUUUUCACUGUUGAAAAGUGUGUUUCCGUCUCUCAUUAUGCACAUUAAGUUUUUAUUUUGAUCAAAAAACGUCUAAAGUAAGACUUUUUUUUUUUUUUUGCAAAUGUAGAAAAGUAAUUUAUGGAACACAGCUGUGGACAGUAUUUGCAUCAUGAGUCUUGCAUUUAGAUGCACUUUGAGGAUCAAUUUUAACCAGAUUCAAAGGAUUCUUGCCAAAAAUGCUUGUUAGAAUAAAAAGAAAAAGUCCAUACUUUGCUAGAAUCAGAUGUACACUACAGUUUGAGGUCACUUAGAAAUGUCCUUAUUUUUGAAAGAAAAUCUUUUUUUUUUUCAGUGAAGUUAACAUUAAAUUAAUCAGAAAUGCAGUCUAGACGUUAUGAAUAUGGUAAAUGACUAUUCUAGCUGCAAACGGCUGAUUUAUAAUGGAAUAUCUACAUAGGGGUACAGAGGAACAUUUCCAGCAACCAUCACUCCUGUGUUCUAAUGCUACAUUGUGUUAGCUAAUGGUGUUGAAAGGCUAAUUGAUGAUUAGAAAACCCUUGUGCAAUUAUGUUAGCACAUGAAUGAAAGUGUGGCUUUUCAUGGAAAACAUGAAAUUGCCUGUGUGACCCCAAACUUUUGAACGGUAGUAUACCAGUACAGCUGAAGUAUCCACACUGUGUUGCCCUCUAGUGUCCUCAACUGACUAACUUACAAAAUUUGAGCAGGCAAUCGGAAAAAGCUGAAAUAUACAUUUAUUUUCAUUAUAUGAAGACGCAAAAAGUAGAAAACACUGCACUUCAGAUCAGAUACUGUCGCAAGAAUACUGAAUAUGAGCACCAGGUCCAAACACAGUGUCAUUCUUUAAAUCUUACACUCGACUAUGGAGAGCAGCUGAACAGAACGGCUAUGAGUUUCCAAAUUCAGCAAGUUUUGGAUUGUUAUCUCAUGUACUUCCUCUUUCUGCUGUUUCUAUCUUAACAGUUGGCCACAGACUCACACUUGCACGUGAGUCAGUGGUGUUCCUUGAACUCAAGUGGCAACUCUGACGACAGCUUGGUGCAGUUUCUAACCGUUAACCUAGAUUACAAGCAGCUGAGCGUGCCGUCGACUUCUGCUCCUUCUCUAUCUCUGGCAUCCUGACACCAGUGGUGUCAUCCGGAAACCAUUGCAGCUUUAGUGUGCCUAAGAGAGAGCUUUAUUGGAGUUCAUAAAGCAAACUGUUUGCCAUAAAUUUGUCUCCUUAUACACUACAAUUCAAAAUUUUGGGGUCACUUAAAAAUAUCCUGAUUUUUUUUUUGAAAGAAAAGCAUUUUUUUUCCAAUUAAGAUAAUAUUAAAUUAAUAAUAAAUACAGUCUGGCCAUUGUGAAUCUUUUAAAUGACUAUUCUAGCUGGAAACAGCAGAUUUUUAAUGGAAUAUACAGAGUACAGAGGAACAUUUCCAGCAACCAGCACUCCUGUGUUCUAAUGCUACAUUGUGUUAGCUAAUGGUGUUGAAAGACUAACUGCUGAUUAGAAACACCUUUGUGCAGUUAUGUUAGCACAUGAAUAAAAGUGUGAGUUUUCAUGGAAAACAUGAAAUUGCCUGUGUGACCCCAGACUUUUGAACGGCAGCGUACACAAUCACACCACAUGCCUCCACUUAUCUUUGUGUGGAAACCUGGCAGUCAAGAGCUGUCACUCAUGUUUAACUGUUUUCAUGCAGGAUGCAAGUGUCAACACUGCAGAAAGCCACAGAUGAAGGAUAAUGACAGCGGUAGUCCAUGUUUGAGAGCUUCCCUGUCCCGCAAGCAAAAUGAGCUGGAGCUUCCUGACACGUCUGCUGGAUGAGAUUUCCAAUCACUCCACCUUUGUGGGCAAAAUUUGGCUCACCCUCCUCAUUGUCUUUCGGAUUGUGCUGACAGCAGUCGGAGGGGAGUCGAUCUACUAUGAUGAACAGAGUAAAUUUGUGUGCAACACACAGCAACCUGGCUGUGAGAAUGUGUGCUACGAUGCGUUUGCGCCGUUAUCGCAUGUCCGCUUCUGGGUGUUCCAGGUGAUCAUGAUCACCACCCCCACCAUCAUGUACCUUGGGUUUGCUAUGCACAAGAUCGCCCGCAUGGAGGAUGAUGAUUACAGGCCCCGGGGCAGGAAAAGGAUGCCAAUUGUGAGCCGUGGUGCCAACCGCGACUACGAAGAAGCCGAGGAUAACGGGGAGGAAGAUCCCAUGAUCCAGGAAGAAAUAGAGCCAGAAAAAGAAAAGGAAGUCGUGGAAAAGCCCAGCAAAAAGCAUGAUGGACGCCGUCGCAUCAAGAGAGAUGGCCUGAUGAAGGUUUAUGUAUUCCAGCUGCUAUCGCGUGCCAUCUUUGAGGUCUCGUUCCUGUUUGGACAGUACAUCCUUUAUGGACUGGAGGUGCAACCGUCAUAUGUAUGCACACGGUCUCCUUGCCCACACACAGUGGAUUGUUUCGUCUCACGUCCGACAGAGAAAACUAUCUUCCUGCUCAUCAUGUAUGCCGUCAGCGCCUUGUGUCUACUCUUUACCUUGUUGGAGAUCCUUCACCUUGGCAUCAGUGGUAUUCGUGACUGCUUUUGCACACCGCGACCUCGGCCUCCCACCCCCCGUCACCCAGCCCUGGCCAGCCAGAGGUCCUCCAUCUGCCGCCAGCCCUCCGCUCCUCCUCCAGGUUACCACACGGCUCUGAAGAAGGACCCCUCAGGAAAACUGGGCUUCAGGGAUAACCUGGGAGACUCCGGUCGCGAGUCGUUUGGAGAUGAAGCGUCGUCACGGGAGCUGGAGAGGCUGCGCAGGCACCUAAAACUGGCCCAGCAGCAUCUGGAUAUGGCGUACCAGAACGAAGAAAGCAGCCCGUCACGCAGCAGCAGCCCGGAGUCCAACGGCACGGCAGUGGAGCAGAACAGACUAAACUUUGCCCAGGAGAAGCAGAGCAGUACCUGCGAGAAAGGUCUCCGCGCGUAGGUUCUCGUCAGCUGAUCAGCUCACAGGAGGAGCAAUGAGAGGACAGAAGGGAAUGGAACAGGGAGCGUGUAUGUGUGAGUGUGACAUUGUGAUUAUGCUUGAGGUGGAUGAAGUCAGCCCAAGCCUUCCAGUGUUAUGGCCAGCUGUGGUCCAGCAUCAAGUCAAAGGAGUCUCAACUCAGCAAUUCUGAGACACCAGCCUGUCUGAAGAUCCAAAGUGCUAACAAACUGCCAUCGUGCAACAAGAACGGUUAAGGUUAACGUGUACUUCUCCCUCAGGGCAGCUACUUUUUUUAUAUAUAUUUUUAUUAUGAGACUUAGAAUUAUUAGUCAUUUUAUGUCCUUUGUUGAAAGUUCAGUGAGAGAAUCUCAAGUUUGCCUUAGACCUAAACUGGAACUCCAUUUUAUGGCAUUUUGUUAAGGUAAGGUCAAGCCAGUUGUGCAAAAGGAAAAAAAAGUUUAAACUGUAAGAAUUUUGUACUUUGUGAGGAGUGAGUGUUUGUAGAUGCAAACAUAAGCUUAGUGGACAAGGCACCACACAAAAAGGAAAGGUACUGGAGUUAUUGUCAUGCUGGUGAAGACUUUGCGAGGUGUCAAUUUUCAUACAAAGAUUUCUUUUCUUCUUCUUUUUUUUUUGACAAUGUUGGCACUGCACCAGUCAACAUUCCCAAGUCUGGUGCCUGGAUGGUAACUGGAACACACUUGGGGUGCCUUUGUCCAAAGGAACAAACAAACCUGGGUAAUGCUUGAAACACAUGUAUCUCUUGAUAUUGUCUUGUAUUGUUUUAAACAUUUGAUACUGUUCUUUAUUUUGUUAGUUUUAAGUAUUGUGGUUUUGGCGAAAGGCCCUUGUCACUGUGGCAAAGACCUUUUUUUUUUUUUUUUUAAUUAAGUUUUAAAAGAAUACCGUUCACUACUGUCUUACCUUUCUGAACCAGAUUUUGUCAGUGGACUGGUGUGUUCCUUAAAAAAAAAUACAAUCUGAGCUCAAUUACAUUUUAAUCAUCACAUUCUUUUGUCAAUCUAGCUUACUAUGUUAGAUGCAAGUCUUUUUUUUUCAAGAAGACCCACAUUUAAUUGUUUCUGUUUAAGUAAGGGAUAGUACUGUAUGUCAUAUUCUGUAUCUGAAAGUGCAGAUUUUUGAUUAUCACUGUUCCAUAAUCUAAAUGACAGUUUUAAACAGAUGUAAGUAUUUCAAUGUGAAUUCAAUGCCUUGAACGGGCUCUAAUAAGAUGCCAUCUUUUGUAUUCUGAAUCAUACCCACAGUGCCAACUCAAAUAUUGUCAUCUCAAGUUAUUUUUGACCAAUACUUUUUGUACUUUUUAUACUUUUUGUAUUGAUAGUACUUCGUGGUUAGUUUUUGAAAUAAAUUUUUACAACAAA